CACGACGCGGCUUGGAAGUUACGCUGCUGUCUUCAGUGAAAGAUGUCGAAAAUGAGCGCCGUGAACGCGGAACUGCGCGGAGCGGGAUCAGGCUCCGGCGGCACGUUCCUCUUCACCUCCGAGUCGGUCGGAGAGGGGCAUCCCGAUAAGAUAUGUGACCAGGUGAGCGACGCCAUUCUGGACGCGCAUCUCCAGCAGGAUCCGUACGCAAAGGUGGCUUGCGAGACCGCCACCAAGACGGGCAUGAUCCUGGUCUGUGGCGAGAUCACGUCCAAGGCCGUGGUCGACUACCAGAAGGUCGUCCGUGGCGCCAUCAAGGCUAUCGGGUAUGACGACGGCAGCAAAGGCUUGGACUACAAGACCCUGAACCUCAUGGUCGCGCUCGAACAGCAAAACCCUGAGAUAGCCGCCGGCGUCCACAAAAACAGAGACGAUGACGAUGUCGGGGCCGGCGAUCAGGGUUUGAUGUUCGGCUACGCCACCGAUGAGACGGAGGAGUGCAUGCCCCUGACCGUGGUGCUCGCACAUAACCUCAAUCGCCGCAUCUCGGAGAUGCGGAAGGACGGCUCACUGUGGUGGGCCCGGCCCGAUUCCAAGACCCAGGUGACGAUCGAGUACGCCGACGACAACGGCGCGAUGAGACCGUUGUUCGUGCACAGCAUCGUCGUCUCCAUCCAGCACUCCCCAGAGAUCUCGCUUGAGGAUCUCCGGAAGGAGAUCAUAUCAAAGGUGGUGCCGGAGGUGAUCCCUGCCAAGUACCUGUCACCGCGCACCAUCUACCACGUGAACCCCUGCGGAGAAUUCACCAUCGGAGGUCCGCAGGGUGACGCCGGCCUCACCGGCCGCAAAAUCAUCGUCGACACCUACGGCGGGUGGGGAGCCCACGGCGGCGGCGCGUUCAGCGGCAAGGACUACACGAAGGUGGACCGGUCGGCCGCCUACGCAGCCCGCUGGGCGGCCAAGAGUCUAGUCAAGGCUGGGCUCUGCAGACGCUGCCUCGUCCAGCUGUCUUACGCUAUCGGCGUUUCUGAGCCCAUCUCCAUCUCCGUCUUCCACUACGGCACCAGCAAGUACAGCCAGGAGCAGUUGCUGGAGAUCGUGAAGAAAAACUUUGAUCUUCGGCCCGGCAAAAUCGUGAAGGAGUUGCAGCUCCGCCAGGCCAUGUACCAGCGUACUGCCAGCUAUGGUCACUUCGGUCGCAAGGAGUUCCCCUGGGAGCAGCCGAAGAAGCUGACCAUCUAAUGCUGAUCAUAGAUGGCAGCACGCGUCGAACGUGCUGUGUGUUGCUGGCUAUCCCCGCGAGCACGCAUGGCUGAAAUGGCGCCGAGGCAACUCACAUGCGCUUGGAUAUGAUCAUACCGUUUUGGAACGACGAUUAAUUGUUCUUUCUCAGUGGCCCUAUCUAAUAACGUGACGUUCUGCUUACCUACCUCCAACAACCCAAAUUCCAUCAAGGCCUGUUCCGAUUAAGAUGCCUUUAGCGGGGGGCGCUUGCUGUCAGGUGAUAACGUAAUUGCUAGAUUGUUUACGCGUCGUCAAUGUGAAGUGUUACCUAAAGGCCCGAUUUUUCACAUGGCUUCUUACUUUAAAGUUAAUCGAAACCUGGAGAUGGACCGAUCCAAAAUUAGACUCUUUGAAUGCCUUUGUCCACAGAUCAGGCAUGGUGCCGCGUGUCUUGCUGUCGUCCGUACCGUUUGUUGCCAUCAGGCAGGGCUGAUGAGGGCUGACGACGCCCUGUUUCCAUUUUUGACUCACUCAUCACCGGCGAGCAGACCGUCGAGUGCUUUGGUCCUUUCUACCGUGCGAAUAACAUCGUUCAUUUUAGAACUCAACUAGGAAUUGUGUGCUGGAAAUAAGCACUAUCCCCUGCUAAAGAUGGAAAGAGAUUAGGCAAACAAAACAGCCAGCAGCCACAACGUAAAUGCAUUUGAUACAUAUCAGGUUAUAAUAGUUGGUACCUUGGUUAGCAGUAGCUUAGAAAUAUACGCCAUUGGGAAAUAUCUCAACAAGUAAUGCCAUGUAUCGGUUACGAAAUAUCACUGCGACCACUACCCAUUUACCGCUUUGAAAACACCGCUUACACCAAUGCUCGUUUUAAUCAAGUACUGCCAGGAAGCAUUCCGUUGAUAUAAUCUAGCGUUUAAGGGUACGAAGGAAAAUCCCGGAUAGAAAUAACGAUACACAACGGCAACAGAGGCUUGUUAUCAGCACUAACAGAAUGGGAAAAACUACCGGCGCAGACAUAACGGUAGCAUAUAUUUUUUUAUCUGUCGGGCUUACUGCCCCAAGAAAGGCAUGUUCCGAAGUGUUUUCAAUUAGCCCGUCGGAAAAACCGUGAAGCGGAGUUCUAAAUCAGGCUGAAUAUAGACAGUCAUUCAAAGCAAUGGAUGUCAGUUGAGAGGCGCGCGACGAUGACGGCGCAUCAACCGCCUAUCACCGGUUGAUGCGCCGUGGUGGCGGUGAUGGUGAUGAGGACCGAAAUACUGAGCUGGGCAUUGCGAGUCACGGUUUCGAAGAUGAGAUGUGGUGUCAGGAGAAUACGCUGAUGUCGGUGAUUUGAUGGCGAUAGUGGAUGACGAAGGAAAUAUAUGUCUUGCGCCGGUGGUG